AUGGCCGGCGCCAAAUUCGGAUACAACAAGCUCACCGGUGAAAAGCAAUCCCUCCGGUCAUGGAAGAGCCCGGAGGAUCCUUCUCCUGGGCUAUACUCCUUGGCGAUGGACCCACAGAUUUGGCAGUUUGCUGCCACGUGGAACGGGACAGACCGGUACUGGACCAGUGGGCCCGUCAACGGGAGUCUCUUCAAAUUCGUCCCGGAAAUGAGGCCCAAUCCCAUAUACAACUUCACCUUCGUCAACAAUGCCAACCAGACUUUCUUUGUCUAUGAAUUCUUCAACCCCGAUGCAGUCAUAUCAAGAUUUGUACUCGAUAUCUCGGGGCAACUCAGGCACUACACGUGGCUGGAUAGUAGCAAGGCGUGGAACAUCUUCUUCCUUAAGCCGGAGAAGAAGUGUGAUGUUCCCGCUUGUGGUAAUGCCACCGCCGGAACUGCUAAUUCCCAGGAGGACAGGUUUAGAAUGGUAACGAAUACGAGAUUACCUAGACAUCCUCGAAACGUGACAGUUGGGAGUACAACCGAAUGUGAAUCGGCAUGUCUAAGGAAUUGCACUUGUAAUGCCUAUGCUUAUGAUAAUACAAAUGGUGGUUGUUGGCACUGGGAUGGAGAGCUUCUCAAUCUGUCUAAAGACAACAGUAAUGGAAGCACGAUCUAUAUCAGACUUGCUGCAUCUGAAUUUGUUGUCCAGGUUACAAUUUAA